CGAUCCGGCCGGGCGGAAGUGCGUCAGUUGUUAUCCGCUCCGGGCGCCGCCGCUGCCGCUGCCGCUGCUGCCGCCGCCUCACGAGCCCGGUGCCCAGGAACCCGGCCUUCCGCUGCGCCCGGCAGCCCGCCGCCCGCCGCCCGCCGAUCGCUAUGGGGCGCACCCCCGGGGGCCUGACUGAGGGCCGCUGAUCGCUGCCGCCCGCCGAUGCGCGGGGCCCGGGCCGGGGGUCCCAGGCCGCGCGGCGUCCGGCGCUGAGCGCCCGCGCCCGGCAUGCCCGGCCCGGCCCGGCCCCGAGCCCGCGCGGCGUCCUUGCAGCCCGGCUGCGCGGAGUAGCAGGCGGCGCGGGGCCAAGGUCACCGCCGCGGGCCGCCAUGGAGGCCAAGGUCCGGCCGAGUCGGCGCUCGCGUGCGCAGAGGGACCGCGGCCGGCGCCGGGAGGCCGCCCGCGACGCCCGCACGCAGAGCCCGUCGUCGGGCGAAGAGCCCGAGCCCAGCCCCGGCAAGGAGAACGCGGGCCUCCGCGGCGCGCCGCCCCCGCGCCCCACGCCCCGCGCAGCGCGCCCCCCGCGCCGCCGCCGCCGCGAGUCCAGCUCGCAGGAGGAGGAGGUCAUCGACGGCUUCGCCAUCGCCAGCUUCAGCACGCUGGAGGCCCUGGAGAAGGACAUGGCCCUGAAGCCACAGGAGCGGAAGGAGAAAUGGGAACAACGUCGCCUCUUCAAAAAGCCCCGGGACUCAGAAACCUGCCCAUCUGCGGAGCCCAGUGAGAACAGACAACCCCUGGAGGCGGGCAGCCCUGGGCAGGACUUGGAGCCCACCUUCGAAGGAGGGGCCAGGAAGGUCCCGCUACAGCCCUCUAAGCAGAUGAAGGUUGCCGUGUCCAGAGGGGAUGACCGCAACAGUGAUGACGACGGUGUCCUUGAAGCCAGCUGCUCCCGGCAGAGCAGCCCCCGGGACCAGCUCAGCGACAGCUCAGCGCAGGCCGCAUCCGGGAGAGGCUACUCCUCCCAGGUGGAGGAGCUGGAGCCACCCGGAUGGACUGUGCAGCAGAGGGGCUGGGAGCAGGCCGGGCCCCGGCCGGAGCCGCGGUGCUGUGCACUCACACAGGUCUCGGGGCCCAAGGCAGGCGGCAGGUUCAGGGCAGUUGUGACCCAGGCCCAGGGCAGCCCCACAGGGGCCUUAGGCCUCAUGCACUCGGGCUGGCUGGCUGGCUGGUGUCCGUGCUGCCCGUGCGUGGCCCUCUGUGUACACCUGUGUGUUGGCAUGCCUCUGUCGUAUCUGAGGGCCUGGCCCUGCCUCACCUUCAGGGGUCACGAGGGUCCACGGGGCUUCUGUGGGCACCUGUUGGGCCUGGGUGCGUGUCGGGGUCCCGUGUCUGUUUGUGGGUGCUGCAGGCGAGCUCCUGGCCUCUCAGACAGCUUGGCUCUCAUGACCAGGAGCACACACGUGGCCUGCCCCAGGCGGAAGUGUGACAGCGAGAGCGGCGUGGACGACAAGGCCUCUGUGGGCUCCGAGAAGCUGUUUUCGCCAGCAGCUGGGAAAGGCUCCGCACUCAGCGACAAGUCGGAGACCAAGGCCGGAGCAGUGCCCAAGGUGUCGGGCCUGGAGCGCAGCCGUGAGCUCAGCACUGAGUCCUUCCUGCCCGCAGCUGCCGCGCCCUCCGGUCUCGCGUGCAGCGCCCGGGCCAGCCCGCUGGUGAAGAAGGAAGCCCCGGUGCCCCGCCACGCUCCGCAGCCGCCGCCCGCGCCCCCGCAGCAGCGCGACCCGCUCCCGACGCACGUGCCUCCGUCGCUGGGCACCUUCGCGGGUCCGGGCUCCUGCCAGGCGGCGCCCAACGGGCCGCACCUGCACGGCCUCAGGAGCAGCACGGGCAGCGGCGCCCCUCUGGGCCUGGCAAAGCACGUGUCGCUGUCGCCGCACGGGCCCGGCCCCCACCUCUCUACCUCACACCUGGCGCUCCGGUCCCAGGCGCAGCACCAGCACCACGCGGCGGCCAUGUUCGCCACACCCCCGACACUGCCCCCGCCCCCGGCGCUGCCCGCCAGCAGCCUGGUCAUCCCAGGACACCCUGCCGAUGCCAGCCUGUUGCUCUCCCUCGGCCAGCCAAUCACGUACUGCCAGCCUCCCUCGGGGAUUCUGAUUGAUCGCGAGCUGCUCAGGCAGGAGCUGAACACGCGGUUUCUGGUGCAGAGCGCCGAGCGGCCGGGCGCCUCCCUGGGCCCCGGGGCUCUGCUGCGGGCCGAGUUCCACCAGCACCAGCACACGCACCAACACACGCACCAGCACACGCACCAGCACCAACACACGUUCGCCCCCUUCCCGGGGCUGCCCGCGACGCCGCUCGUGCCGCCCGCCGCGCCCCUGCCGUUUGACAAGUUCUCACCCAAGCUGGACAGCCCAUACUUCCGACAUUCCAGCCUCUUCCCACCCUUCCCUCCUGCCGUCCCGGGACUGCCCACCCUACUGGCACACCCCGGCCCCUUUGGGUCCCUGCAGGGUGCUUUUCAGCCCAAGACUUCAAACCCAAUCGAGGUAACAGGCCGGGCCAGUGCUGUCCACGCGCUCCUACAGAAGGCCCCUGGGGUGUCUGACUCCUACCGGACAGCAGUCAGGAGGCCGGGGAAGUGGUGUGCUGUGCACGUGCAGAUUGCCUGGCAGAUCCACCACCAUCAGCAGAAAGUGAAGCAGAUGCAGCUGGACCCCCACCAGCUGGAGGUGGGUGCAAAGCUGGACCUGUCCAGCAGGCCCCCUGCCCCAGGUGUGUUCUCGGGGCUCCACUACCCACAGGACCUGGCCCGGCCCCUCUUCUCCAGCACAGGUGCCACCCAGCCCACCUCCAACCUGUUGGGACCCUCAGCCCACCACGGCAGCUUCCUGCCUGCUGGUCACCUUGCAGGCCCUCUCAGCAGAUCUAGCACCUUCGGAGGCCUGGGGAGCCUGGGCAGCCAUGCCUUCGGAGGCCUGGGCAGCCACGCACUGACUCCAGGGGGCAGCAUCUUUGCCCCCAAGGAGGGCUCCACGCUGCAUGGCCUGCCCAGCCCCCACGAGGCCUGGAACCGGCUGCAUCGGGCACCCCCCUCCUUCCCCACGCCACCCCCGUGGCCCAAGCCCCCAGAGGCCGAGCCUGGUGCAGCCCUGACCAGCCACGACCGAGAGCCAGACAAGGGCCGGGAAGAGCGGGAGCGAGACCUCCUGGAGAAGACGCGCCUGCUGAGCAGGGCCUCUCCUUCAGCUCCCGCGGGCCCUCCCGUCGGCAGCCUCCUGCUGCGUGGCCAGGGCGAGCCGGGCCGCUCCGGGGCCCCCGCGGAGCGAGAGGCGGAGCCCCGGGUCAAGGAAAGCCGCUCUCCGGCCAAGGAGGAGGGGGCCCCGCCGGCCGCGCGCCCGCCGUCGCCCUACAGCAAGGCGGCGCUGGGCGACAGCCUGCGCCUGGCGGGCCUGCUGGGCCGAGAGCCGGGCAGGCCGCCCGAACCGCCCGAGCGGCCGCAGAGCGACGUGAAGGUCAAGGAGGAGCGCCGCGAGGACGAGGCUCCCGAGCCCGCGGGUGGCGGCCUGCACGCCGCGCCCCCGCCGCGGGGCCUGGGCCGCGACCGCCUGGGCGCGCCGGGCUUCGCGUGGGAGCCGCUGCGCGAGGCCUACCGCGCGCUGGAGCUGCCCUGCCGCGCGGGCCCCGCGGCCGAGCCGGCCGAGCGCCCCUACCGCGACCGCGAGCCGCUCGACUACAGCCCCGAGCGCCUGCGGGACGCGCGCCGCGAGGACCUGGAGCGCGCGCGGGCGCCCGGGCCCGAGGGCGCGGCGCUGCUGGGCGCGCUGCACUACCGCCUCGGGCCCGGCGCGCUGCACGGCGCGCUCCUGGCGCGCACCCCGCCCGCCGCCGCGCUGGGCGCGCCUCCCCCGCUGGUGGCCACGGCCGCGGCCCCCGCGCGCCCCAGGACUACGCCGCUGGCACUGGGACCCGGCGAGCGCGACUACUCCCCGCCGCGCAACCCGCAGGAGGUGGAGGCGCGGUAGCCCCGGCGCCGCCCGCGCGCGCCCCGCGCAGGCCCGGCCCCGCCGCCGCCGCCCCGCCGCGCGCGCCCCGGAGCGCGGGCUGGGUCCGCGGCCUCCGCCGUCCUCCGGUGGAGAUUGGGCCCCCGGGAAAACCCACCUUUGUACCUUCCCCCCGACAGGUGAGAAGCGUUUUUAAUGGUUUUGUAUUUUUCCUAAUUUUGUGCUCUUCGGACACUUAAAAGAACCAAAAGAAUUUUUAGUUGGGGUUUGUGGUUCUCUGGCCUCAGAUCCCUUUCCGGCCCCAGGGUUCCCUUGUCUUAUUUAUGGAGAGAAAGCGGUCUUUUUGUCCAGCGCACUGUGAGGCUCCCGCUCAGGCCGGCCCUGGCCUCCCCGCCCCCUUGGUACUUGGAACCGAAGUUACAGAUAUAUAUUAAAAUAAGAAUUAAUAAUAAUGUACAAAACUUUGGGUUUUUUUUGCCUUAUUCUAUUAUGCAGAAGUGUGAGGAGGGUUUUUUCAGUUUGUGUUUUAAAAAAUAAGUGUAAAUGAUCUUAAUAUGAAUAUAAGACAUUAUUAAAUUCUUAACCUGGUAGUGUUUACGAA